AUGGGCAAAAUAUUCUUGGACCAUAUUGGACUCACGUAUCUUUUCCACAAAGCAGUGAAUCUUGUGUACUCAGAGGUUCAGGAUCGUGUUAUGUUGACGGGAAGGCAUAUGGUGAGGGAUGUGUCUUGUAAAAACUGCGCGACGAAACUUGGUUGGGUUUACGAAUUUGCGACAGAAGGGAAUGAAAGAUAUAAAGAAGGCAGAGUGAUUCUAGAGAGAGCUUUAGUGAAUGAAACUGAGGGCAUUGAAGAAAUUCCAGUAAACAAUGAGGACUAG